GCCUUAGAUGGUGGACUUCAUACAUGUGAGGAGCCAGCUGUACGUACUCAUAGAGCAUAUCUUCUUUAUGAACUACAGGUAUCUAAAAUAUUUCAUUGGCUCAGGCAGAGCAUGAGCAAAUACACCUUUUAAUCCUGCUUCUCAUGCUAAAAAUUAGUCAAAAUUCCAAUUAUUCAUAAUCGUCUGUUUUGAGGAGUAGAAAGGUAACAUUUGCAUGUCAAAUUGUUUUUAAGAUCAUACAAAGAUAUUAAUCUCUGGCACAAUUCAUUGUUUUCUGAAAGGACAUUCUGGGGAUACAUAAUUUUUCAGGUCUUCCUCUCUGAGGCAGAGAGAGAGAAAUGACCUUCCAGAGGGAGACUUCACACAUGCCUUACUUCUAUGAGAAAAUGCUUUAUUGUCAUUCCAUUUUUGGAACAAAAAUUAGAUGAGCCAACAGACAUGGUAAGAGAGACUGAAUGUGAAGAUAUGAAUAUGACCUAUCGUCCUAUUGAGAUCAGUGGCAAGAAAAAUAAAAGCUAAAGAAAGGGUUGUAAAAAUUAUUUAAAAUGAAAAUAUCCCUCUUUUUUCCUUGUGAUCAAGACAAAGAAUACCAAUAUUUCUCUCCCACAGGAUUGAUCCAUGUACCAGACUGAAAUUUCCAAUCCAACUCCCAAGAAUGAACACAUAUAUUAUACAUAUAUGAAGAUUCCUAGAUUAGAUUUUUGUCAUACUAGUAUAGGACAUACAAAAGUAUUAGUUUAGUUUUCAUAGUUCCGUAAUAUCUAUCGCAAGGGUGGGCAAUUGGGAGGCUAGAGGCUAUAUUAACUCCUCAGGAGACCUUAAAAGGCUGUACAGUGUCUUUCCACACACAACCUGGGAGAUUUUUUUUACCCCAAAUGUCCUAUAAGAUUCCAGGGGCAUUAUGCAUGUAAUUGGGUUGGAGUAGAGGGUGGUCCUUUUUAGACCCAGGAAAAAACUGUUAACAACAGAAAGUGACCAAAGGUUUUUGAGAAAGACCUAUCCUGGUUCUAUAAUGGUCCAAAUGAGACCAAAAUGUGGCAAAGAUUUCCCCACAUCCCUAGAAGUAAAAUGUACUUAAAAAUGUCCUUUCCCUCCUGGGUGCUGCAGAUUGUUUACAUCACAUCUAUAGGAUGAAAGACAGGGAGGGGCAAAAUGGCAAGAGACACAGAGACAAUGAUGAGUUCAUCUUUGCUCCUCUUUCUGCAGUUGCUCAUUAUGAAGUAGACAACAGUAGAAAGAUGCUUGAAAUAAUAAAAAUUUGAAUGUAUAAGGGUUGAAUGAAAAGUAAUGCCCCCACCUUCUUUAUUUGGGUUUGGAUGAGAACAUUUUAAUAAGUCAAAUGCAGAAGUAAUCCUUAGAAUGUGCUCUUUAACUACCACUAUUCACUUUUCCACAUAAUCACUAGACAACUGGAUACAUUUCUGCCAAUGAUGAACAAUUUUUCUGAAGCCGUCAUGGAAGAAGUUGACACUCUGUUUCUGCAACCAGCCUCUCAUAGUACCCAUCGUGCACAGAUCUUCCAAUAGCCAAGCAAAGCAAUAAUGUGAUCCACACAUUCAUGUGAAAUGCCGAUUAUGCUUGAAAUUUCUCUCUGAGUGAUACGAUGAUCGUCCUGAAUCAAUCUGUCAACCUUUUGCUUGUGAAUCUUGGUGGUUGCUCUCACAGGACAUCCAACUCUUUGUCGCACAAGUCAGAUGUUCCCACCUCAACAUCUUUAAACUUACUCACCCAACGACGCACAGUACUCACUACAACACAAUAACCGUAGACAGCUUGCAUUCUCUGAUGAAUCUCCUUUGAGGUGACACCUGCUGUCAAGAAUACAAUGACUGCACGUUGCUUAAGUUGCACUGAUUGACCGUCUGCGCAGGGUUCCAUACUUCGCACUUUAACUACACAACCGUCCAAUGCUAAGGCUUCCCACCAAAUGGAGCUGUAGAGGAGAGUCUACUGAACAAGACAGUACCUGCUGCAUACCAGUACUGCCAUCUGUUGAGUUACGAAGCUUCGAGUAUGCUCGAUUCCGGCCACAUGAGGAGCUGCUGCUUCAUCAUCCACUGUGAUGCUGAGUCCUAGGAUACUUCUUCAUUCCAAAUGCUGCUGGACGAUUUUUAUGGUGUCGUAAAUUAGUUAAAUAAGCCUCCCCACAUAAGUGGUACCUAAAUUUCCUACUUGAUAGAUGCAACUAUCUUUCGGGUUGCUUAGGUCAACAGCUAGCAGGGCUAUUUUUUACGGGUGUUCACUCCGACAUGGGCUGGCCUCAAACUCAUGACCUCUUGGUCAUAGUGAUUUAUUGCAGCUGGCUAUUAACCAGCCUGCGCCACAGCCCGGCCCUCACAUGAACUUUCUCUAUGCUUUAAUUUUCCUGCCAUAGGUUCUACUCCUAUUGCUAAGACCAGCUAGAGUGCCAAAGACUAGUGAGAGGUUCUUUUUAUUGGACCCAAUCUUCAGAGAUGUGUGGUUGGGUUGAGGUGCUUUUAAAAGGCUUUGUAAAUAUCUAUUUCAAAUGGUUCUAAAUUACCAGCAUUUAUUGUCAUGCUACUGUUUGCUGCCUUGACUGCUGUGGCUUUUGAAUAUUAUCUUAUAUUACUUAGAAUGUUAUUUUUAAACAUGUAUUUUGUGAACCUAUUUUUAAACAGGUGUUUUUGAGAAGUUCUGAGAAAAGAAAUAAAUCCAAGGGGUUCUUGUUACCUCACAACCUCACAACCUCUGAGGAUGCCUGCCAUAGAUGUGGGCAAAAUGUCAGGAGAGAAUACUUCUAGAACAUGGCCAUACAGCUCAGAAAACAUACAACAACCUUGAGCUCUUGUUAAACGCCUGUUCUAAAAGGCCGUUUUAAAAGGCUUUAACACAGGAAUGGGCAAACUUCAGCCCUCCAGGUGUUUUGGACUUCAACUUCUACAAUUCCUAACAGCCUACCAGCUGUUAGGAAUUGUGGAAGUUGAAGUCCAAAACACCUGAAGGGCCGAAAUUUGCUCAUGCCUGCUCUAACACAUUCCAGCUGGCCAUUUGUUCCACCACCCUGUGCAGUGAGCAUGGUCAAAGAAACUUGCUGCUUUUUUUUUUCAUGUCAGGAGCAACCGGAGUUGCUUCUGGAGUGAGACAAUUGGCCGCCUGCAAGGAUGUUGCCCAGGGGACGCCCGGAUGUUUUGACCAUCCUUGUGGGAGGCUUCUCUUAUGUCCCCGCAUGGAGCUGGAGCUGAUAGAGGGAGCUCAUCCACACUCUCCCCGGGUGGGAUUCGAACCUGGCAGCUUUCAGGUCAGCAACCCAACCUUCAAGUCAUGAGGCUUUUAUCCCCUAGGCCACCGGAGGCUCCUUAGCUUUCUGCUGUCCACCAUUCAGUUGGCACAUGAGCUGUAUAUCCUACAAAGUCAUGAGAAUUUCCCCUGCUGCUCAGAUUAGUGUGAAAUACUUCUUGUUUUGCUAGGAUAUUAUGCCAGGCAGAGAGCCAAAGAGAAUAUUAUGCCCCUCAGCUUUAUCUGUGUUGUUGGGUAAACUGCAAGGAUAAAGUCCAGAUUCCUUUCUAGUUCAAUUAUUCUUUUGUAAGCUCAAGCAAAGAAUUUACUCCACAUAGAUGCCUUUGUCCCUUAAGCAGGAGAUUUGGAUUGACACCCUCAGGCGAGACUGCAAAGGAAAGGAAAGUAUCUUAAGAAGUUCCAGGAGGAGAGAAAGAGACCCCUGCUGGAUUGAUGCCGGUUGGAAAGGAGGAGGCUGGGAAAGAAAAGGAGUAAGAAGAGGCAUGACAAGAUGACAAGACCCUCCUUAGCCCCCCAAGAAAGCAAAAGGACAGAGGCAAAGGAUGGGCUUAGCUGUAGAGAGAAGAUGUGAAGACUGAAGCAUCAACUUACUGUUCAUGGAAGGAUGAUGUUUCUCCAAGUAUUCCUGCUGCAGCUAUUGCUCCCCUGCCUUGGACCCGUGAAGGCUUUCUUAGGACCUCAGGACAGUCAGAAUCAUUUGCAGAAUGCAGCAUCUGGUUCAUGUGAGAUGGAGAACUUUGGAUAUUAUAAUGGGUCACUGGAUGUGACAGUCUCUGGGUCAGCCUGCUUAAACUGGUCUGAUUUCCCAGAUUACAUUCUGCAGUAUCCAAACCGGGGAUUAGGAAAUCACAAUUUCUGCAGGAAUCCAGAUGGCGGGGCAGUACCUUGGUGCUUUUACCAGCUUUCUUCUGGAGCAGUUGGCUGGGCUCACUGUGACUGUCGGCAUGGUUCUGUGCAUCUGAAGGAGGAUGGCCAGGUGGAGUUACAUUUCAGUGGGAUGUGGGGCAGUAUUUGUGGAGACCACUGGACAGACCAGGAUGCCACUGUGGUUUGCAGGCAACUGGGACUCAGUGCCAUUGGCACAGCCCAAAGGAAGAGCCGUUCUGGUCUGGGGCCUGUCCAUCUGCAAUCUGUCAACUGUCAUGGAGAUGAGAAGAUGCUGUUGAAGUGCAACUACCAAAAGAUGGGCAGAACCUGCAUUCAGGGAAUUGCAGUGGCAAACUGUGUCCCACCUCCAGGUAUAGGGUUUCCACUUCGUCUAGUAGCCGGUGAAAAGAGCUUUGAGGGUCGAGUCGAAGUCUACCACAACGGCCACUGGGGAACCAUCUGUGAUGACCACUGGGAUGACAAGGAUGCUGAGGUGGUUUGCAGGCAGCUGGGCUUCAGCGGAAUCCCAAAAGCUGUCUCCUGGGCUUACUUUGGGCAGGGCUUUGGCCCCAUCCUUCUGGACGAAGUGGAGUGUUCUGGCAAUGAAUUGUCACUUGACCAGUGCAAGAAAAGUGGAUGGGGAGACCAUAACUGUGACCACAUUGAAGAUGCAGGGGUAAUCUGUGAUCCAUUUGCAGAAGGUAGCAUCCGACUAUCAGGAGGCCACAGCCCAAAUGAAGGAAGGGUGGAAGUAUACCACAAUGGAGGCUGGGGAUGUGUAUGUGAUGAUGGCUGGACCGGUAUCAAUGCUCAGGUGGCUUGCAGACAGCUGGGCUUUAGUGGACCUGCCAGGCUAGCAUCAGAGGGGGAAUUUGCUUCGGGUAAAGGCUUCAUCUUACUGGAUGAUGUGGCUUGCACAGGCACUGAACGGACUCUGUUCGACUGUCCACAUAGCAACUGGGGCCAGCAUGACUGCUCACAUGAAGAAGAUGUAGGAAUCCACUGUUCGCUAGAGAGCAACAGCAUCACCAUAGAGGCUGCAGAACUCCCUCUGCGGCUGGUGGAUGGGGAACACACCAAGGAAGGGCGCAUAGAGAUUCUCCUGAAUGGCCAGUGGGGCAGCAUCUGUGGGGAUGGCUGGACUGAUAGAGAUGCGGCUGUGGCUUGCAGGCAGCUGGGUUACAGUGGUGUUGCAAAAGCCAAAACUGUGGCUUAUUUGGGUAAAGAACAUGUGCCUAUCCAUCUAGACAGCGUGGAAUGCAGUGGCACUGAGCAUGCCUUGGGGGAAUGCACUUUCCGUGAAAAUGGCAUUCACAACUGCUGGCACAGCAAAAACGCUGGAGUGAUCUGUGACUAUGUGGCAAAGGAAACCCACCUGGCAAGAAAUUCAGGUUCAAUGCUUGAAAUGUGUGGACUACGCUCACUUCACCACCGCAAUAAAAGGAUAAUUGGUGGAAUCAAAUCUUUCAGAGGAGGCUGGCCAUGGCAGGUCUCAUUACGUCUAAAGGGGUUUCACAGAGAUGCACGUUUGCUCUGUGGAGCAACUCUUAUUAGCAACUGCUGGGUGGUGACUGCAGCUCACUGCUUCAAAAGGUUUGGGGUAGAUGUACGGCGCUACCUUCUUCGUGUGGGAGACUACCAUACUGGUAUGAGAGAUGAAUUUGAGAGAGAGUUGCCUGUGGAGAAGAUUGUCCUUCAUAGGAAUUACCAGUCCAGCAGCAAUGACAAUGACAUUGCCCUUGUCAGAAUUCAGGGCAAAGAGGAGAAGUGUCUUUCCUUCAAUCACCACGUCCGUCCUGUCUGCCUGCCCAGCAAGAAGGAGAAGGCUGAUAUAGACCGGCAGGCAUGCUUCAUAUCUGGCUGGGGAGACACAGGGAGAUCAUAUUCAAGGACCUUACUUCAGGGCUCAGUACCGCUUCUCCCAAGAGAAGUGUGCAAGUCCCGUUAUGGGAAGAAAUUUAGCAAUCGUAUGCUUUGUGCUGGAAACGUCUCUGAAGAAAACCGUGUGGACAGUUGUCAGGGAGACAGUGGGGGACCACUGAUGUGCCAAAGGUCAAACGGACACUGGGUAAUUCUAGGGAUCACUUCCUGGGGUUACGGAUGUGGGCGAAAAGAUUCCCCUGGUGUUUACACAAAAGUCAGCAGAUUUGUGCCUUGGAUCAAGAAGGUGACAAAACUGAUAUGAGAAUUUCAACCCAAAUAUGGAUUUUGCAAGCAGAGUCUAAAACAGUGAUCAGUGAUGUACAUUCUUUCUCUGUUUGUGUGUCUGUUAUUUCCACUGGUACUUAAAGCAGGUUUCUUUGUAAGUGUGCACUGUGAACAGACCACUGAAGAGAGUGAGUGAAUGAAAUUCUAAGAUCUGUAUCCUUCAUGUCCUUAUAUUCACAUGAAAACCUGGUUGAAUGAGAUGUAGUGGCUUUACAGUCUCUUCAAUAGAAUCACCACUGAUUCAAAAUGGAUUCACUGUUAACCCCACUUUAGCUCAGCAUCCUAAUAAAACAUCAUGAUUGUACAGUAGAGUCUCACUUAUCCAACAUAAACGGGUCGGCAGAACAUUGGAUAAGCAAAAAUGUUGGAUAAUAAGGCGGUAUUAAGGAAAAGCCUAUUAAACGUCAAAUUACGUUAUGCUUUUACAAAUUAAGCACCAAAACACCAUGACAGAAAAAGUAGUCUAAUACAUGGUAACUUUAUGUAAUAAUUAAUGUAUUUACGAAGUUAGCACGAAAGCUUCGCAAUGCAUUGAAAACAUUGACUACAAAAACAUUGACUACUAAAGAAUUGACUACAAAUAAAGAUCGAAUUGCAUAAAAUAAAUGUACAGUAACAACAUUGUUGGAAGUUAAAUGCAUAAAAAGUUCCGUCCUUGCUGCCUAGAGAAACAGCUGUGGAUAUGGGCGGAAGGCAGAUUGUGUUGGAUAAUCCAGAAUGUUGGAUAAGCUAAGGUUGGAUAAGUGAGACUCUACUGUAUAAGUAAAAUUUCUCACCAUAUUUAUGCUGUCAGAUUUUCUCACUGAGACUAUAGCCUUUGCUGUCGAUUCUAGUAUCUAUUUAUACUAGAUUUUAUAUGAUGGCUCCCCAUCUGUUUUCCUUCAUGUUUCAUUCUCCAAUUUCUUUCUAAGCAGGCACAAUGAGUAUCUGCUUAGAAGCUUAGCUAUGGGUUGACAUGUCAGAACUUACAAAUCAUUGUUUGCAAUCAGAAACCGUGGCCUGAAGUGAGUUUCCAAACUAUUGUCUGUUUAUUAAAUAUAUUGUCAAUUUUUGUGUUAACCUUGGUUCACUAUGAUGGUUGAUUUCCAGGACCAUAGUUACAACCACCAUCUCCAGAGUGUGAACAAUUGAAAAGAUAGCAAAGGGAGUCAGUCCAAGGCAGAUGGAAAAUAUAUUUUGAUGACCUCUGUGUUGGAAAACUCAAAUGUUUGUGGUGAUCAGUAGUAGUAUAAAUUGUAAACGUCAUGCCAGACAUGAGCUACUGUUACCAGUCUCACAGUAUUGGCUUGGUUAGAUCUCAUCCUUUCCAGGUUCGUAUUUCUUUUCUUCAGUCUGUUACUCAAGAUAAUGAGUAGAUCUGAGGACUACUUGGAUCCUGUUUACAUUUUCUUCCUUCCUUCACAAAACAAAGGAAAACACAAUUGUGUUUCUUUGCCUAGGAAUAGCAUCUUUCCUUUACACCAUAAACUUAUGUUUGAUCUAAACUUCUUAGAAGUUACGUAUUGCAAGAAAAUAAUAGUAAUGGUGACCAACUACUUUUGGGAACCAGGGAAAACAUGCUCAUGAAUAGCUUGAGGUCUGUCAUCAUGACAGAAGGAAUGUGUUAGUUCAUUAUGGCAGAGCUUGACAUGAAGGAAGACAAGUAUUAAUUUAGAAACAAAACACUGGAAGCAGAAACAAAGUGUAUUUAGAUACAUGGAUUUUGGUGAGAAGAAACAUCACAACCCAUGCAGUGGCGCAGUGGGUUAAAUUCUUGUGCCGAUUGAACUGCUGACCUGAAAAUAUGAAGGUUGGCAGUUUGAAUCCGCGAGAUAGGGAUGAGCUCCCAUGUGUCAAUCCCAGCUUCUCAUGCGGGGAUAUGAGAGAAGUCUCCCACAGGAUGGUAACACAUCCGGGCAUCCCCUGGGAAACGUCCCUGUAGAUGGCCAAUUCUCUCACACACAAAGUGACUUGCAGUAUAUUCUCAAUUUGCUUCUGACAUAAUUAAAAAAACCGCCAUCCAUUCUUGUCUAUAUCUUCACCUUCAUUUAGGAGCUGUUAAUUCUUCUACCUUGUUCUGAGUUGACAAUUUGAUAUAUAUCAUACCUUCUUUUCUCCAGGAUCUGAGGAAAAUGUAUCUUCUGUGCUCUUCUACAAUCUGUAUUUUUCCUUCUAAUUUGGCUUAGUCAAGUAGCAGUUCAUGGCAGUUGGUGUGUUUUCUCAACAUACAAUGGAAUCUGGUUGAGAUGCAGCCAAUAAUUUCCCUGUGAACAGAAAAUAUGCAAAACAAAUACCUUUUAAAACUAGUGAUACUGUCCAAAGUUUCCAAUAUGCGAACUGUGUUAUUUAUUAUAUUUGUGCUUUAGUGUGUUUGCCUCCUUAUGCAGUUGUUACCUGCUUUGAGAAUGUUAGGGUUCAAAGAUGGGAAAGAACUUUGUAAAAAAAAGACAAUUGUGAAGAGAUAGUUUGGUAAAGAGACAGGCUUGGGUCCCGGCUGUUUGAAAAACUGCUACCUAUGAGCUGCCAACUUUCUGAGAUCUGCUUUCUCUUGGUUCCAUCAUCUCAGGCACAUUGGGAAUGGACAUGGGAGAGAGCCUUCUUAGUGGCGACUCCCGAGAUAUAAAGCUACCUUCUAUGAGAGAUUUGAUCGACCAGCUCCCUGCUCUUUUCACCAGCAGAUAAAGACCCUUUCAUUUAAUGAAGCAUUUGAUUUUAGAGUGCUGUUGUGGCAGACAGAGCUUUUUUAUUUUUUUUUGGGGGGGGGGUUGCAUUUUUAUUUUAUUAUCUAUUAAGCAUCUUUUGAUGCUAUUUUUAACUUGUGUUUUUUAAAAAGUAAUGUAGUUUAAUUGUGUUCUAACUUUUUCAAUAAAGAGAUUUUACUUGUAUUGUGCUUUUAAAAUGUUAUACAGUGUCAGAAAAAGUGGAAUAUAAAGUGGAGCCAUCAAGAGGGGUGGGUAAUAGAAAUGUAUUAUUCUUCUUAUUGUUAUUAUUUAUAAAUAAGUAGUUGGGAUCCUGUGUUUCCAUGAAAUGCUCAUAAGCCUGGGAAAGCUGAUAUACCUCUGUGUUCUAUGUAUGUUCUACCUGUGUAAAUAAAGCAAACAUUACACAAAA